AUGGCGAGUGAGCACCACCAGUUCGAGAUUGCGGGUACCCAGCUGAGACAGCUCGGCUGGAGGGCUCAUUGUCCUGGCAACUCUGACUCUUCGUGGUCUACCAGCAUAGAAGGCCAUAACUGGCUAUGCACAUACUCCACUGAUUCCACUUCUGGUACAGUGUCCUUCACCCUCAGUGGUCACCCUAACCCUGACUGCGAAGUCCUUGAUGAGCCUAUUAACGCAUGGUUCAAGUUUAGCCUACUCGACCGAGAAGGCUGGCCGGUGCCUUCCAGGACCCGAGCCAGCUCGUUCCAGAACUGGAGGAUCCAGCAGAACUGGGAGUGGGAGUGUCCCGGCUUCAUCACCAGGGACGAUGUGGAGCGGCAGGAGUACCUUAACAAGGACGGCUGCUUCACCGUCCGGUGCGACCUCGCCAUCAAGCCGUUCACGGCCAAGGCCGACGCAUUCGUCACGGUGCCCCCGUCCGACCUCCACCAGCACCUCGGCGACCUGCUGGCACGCAAGGACGGCGCCGACGUCACCUUCCAGGUCGCGGGCGGCGAGACGUUCUCUGCGCACCGGUGCGUGCUCGCGGCGCGGUCGCCGGUCUUCAGAGCGCAGCUCUUUGGCGAGAUGAAGGACAGCAAGAGCACAGGCGACGGCGGCGUCAUACCAAUCGACGACAUGGAAGCACAGGUGUUCAGCUCCCUGCUGGCCUUCAUCUACACCGACUCGUUGCCACCGGAGACCGAUGGCACGCCGAGCAGGCAGCAGCACGGUGACGACGACGAAGCAAUGGUGCAGUAUCAGCAUCUUCUUGCCGCUGCUGACAGGUACGGCCUCGAGAGGAUGAAGCUGGUUUGCCAGGACAAACUGUGCAAGCACAUACGUGCAGACUCCGUGGCGACGAUGUUGGUUUUAGCUGAUCGACACCAUUGCCCUGGGCUCAAGGAGGCGUGCUUUCAUUUCCUCACUUCUAGUGCCAACCUUGACUCCUUCACUGACACGGAUGGCUUUGAGGUGCUCAACGCUAGCUGCCCUGCUGUUCUCAAGGAGCUACUGACCAAGCUUGCCUGCGUUUUGAUCUUUUGA